AAACAAACAAGAUCCGAAACACCCCGCCGCAGAGGAGCGCUUCCGGGUCAUGGGGGAUUCGAAUCGGGGCCGGCUUCUCCCUCAGCAGCGAAGUGGGAGGAAGACAUGUCCACGCUCUUUCCUUCCCUCUUCCCACGAGUCACCGAGGCGCUGUGGUUUAACCUGGACCGGCCAUGUGUGGAUGAGAAUGAGCUUCAGCAGCAGGAACAGCAGCAUCAGGCCUGGCUGCAGAGCAUCGCUGAGAAAGAUAACAACUUGGUCCCAAUUGGGAAGCCUGCCUCCGAGCAGACUUAUGACGAGGAGGAAGAAGAGGAUGACGAAGAUGACGAGGACAGCGAGGAAGACUCCGAAGACGAUGAGGACAUGCAGGACAUGGACGAGAUGAACGACUACAAUGAGUCUCCGGAUGAUGGGGAGAUCAAUGAGGUGGAUAUGGAAGGGGCUGAGCAAGAUCAGGACCAGUGGAUGAUCUAGAUUCC